CGAUAGAACCGUUCACUUCCGUCAAUCCGGGUCUUUAGAAUCGCUCGAAAGAACGAAAAUCAAAUUCCUAAGGAAAUUAACAAGCCACCAAUAUAAGAAAAACUAUAAUUUCAUUUUUGAUAGUAUCUAAAGUUGAAUUCCCAUUCGUAUUAGGCAGUAAUAAUGUCUUCAAGCCACAGUGAUGAAGAGAAUCCAAGAAAAAGAGCAGAGGUUGAAGAUAAUCAACAUGAUGCAAGUCAGCCUGAUGCAACUGAACAAACUGGUGAAGAAAGGCAAGCACAGAAUGUUCCAGUUUCAACUCAGACGAUGCGAGAAGUGGAAGGAGUUCCAUUUUUCGAUGAGCCAUCAACUUCGAGUGCCCCAGUUGAAGAAAGAGUACUCCGAAGAAGCAAACGUAAGGCUAGUCAACUUGAGAGUGUUGCACGAGAAAUAAAACGUCAAAAAAGAAAUCCUGGAGCUACUAAGAAAGAAGACCCUGGGAAUGUAAAGAGACCUGUGUACCUAAAGCCAGGCCUUCCAAAUGUCAGAUAUAUGUCGGACAAAGAAAUGGAGGACAUAUUUAAUCCCAAGCGGCCAGUACCAAAGUUGAAGGUGUUGGUAAAAUCUAAAAGGAUUGCGAAAACUACCCAAGCAUCUGCACGUAAUGUUCGUACAACUAAAAAAAACAGGCCACCACCUAGAAGGGGUAUGACGAUGAGAGUACGCCUGCCACCACCUAGAAGGGGUAUGACGAUGAGAGUACGCCUAGUCAGAAAAGUAAAGAAGGACAAUGAAAGUAAAGAAAAAGAGCAGCCUUCAACUCCUCCUACUAGUGAUGACGAAUGACUGAAC